UGCUGUGUUUCAUUGCUGAGGAGUUUACGGACGCGACGGGGGUUUUCUCUCCCACUGUUAUUUCCCAGUUUACCUUCGGACGAGCCUGAAAUGGGCAGCUCUAGUUCUCCCAGCAGCCUGGACUUUGGAUUUUGAGAAACAUCUGCAUGUUUAGCUCCUUUCUUCAGGCUUUCUGGUUCAAGUGUGGAGAAUGGCCGAAAAGGAGCCGGAAUCGCCUGGAAAGCUAAAGACGUUAUUAUAUUCGGAAUAGGGGGCCUAUCCGAACGGACUGUUCCUUCUUACAACUUUCCCCGCUGUGGAUAAUGGAUGCCAGAGAUUUUGGACCAUCCCGAUCCGUCCACGUACCAUCUCCGUUGUUGGCGGGGCUCGCAAUGGAGUCUCACCGACUCGGAGCAGCAGCAGCAGCCGGGAGGAUCCCACCCUCGCCCGGUCACUUGGGCGCGAGUCAUCCGCCGCCUCUCCACUCUGGAAAAUUCCUGCCAUCGGCCAUUAACCUACAUCCGCACCACAGCGAUGCCUUCCCGGCAGGCUCCGGUCCCUUCCUGUCGGCGUAUCCCGGCCCUUCCCCCUUGACCUCUGAUCCUGCGUACAGGUCAGCCAAUCCCAGCGGUCUGCAGAUGGCUCAGCUCUGGGCUUCACAUGCUCAUGAAGGCUACCCUCCUCUGCCAAGCAGCCUGUACUCCAGUCCUUACCUGUCCCUGGGCCACCUGGAUCCUCCAUCACUCUCCCAGCACCCCCUCUACGACUCCCACAAAGAGGGUUUUUAUCUGCCGGCCUCCUUGAGCCAGUCGCCUCUCCACCCCCCAGCUGCUCCCCCAACCACCCCGUCCAGGUCCACGCCCCCUCAGAGGACAUCCAGGGAUGGGGGUAGGGACCGGUCUUACCGGGGGGAGAGGGAGAGAGACAGGGAGCGAGAGCGUUUGAGAGAGGAGCAGCGUCUGUACAGCGUGGUGGACUUGACGCAGGACGGGCGAAGCGAGGAGGACCGCAGGACGAAGAGCGGGGAUCGGGAACACGAGAAAGACCGGGACACAGAGAGAGACAGAGACGGGUGGUCUGUCCAUCCUCACCCCCACCAGCCCAGAUCCAGGCCCCCCUUCCCCACAGGCAGGGGCGCAGGCAGAUUCAGUGGACCAGAAACAGAAAGAGGCAGUGGAGAUGAAGAGGGCGGCUCUCGACCCCAACACAACCACAACUCUAACGCGAACUCAAACUUUCACUCAGACAGACAGAGGAGGAACGACUCUGUGGCCGCGUCAGCCGGGUCCCUCCACAUUUCUUACGUCCUUUCCCCUGCGCUCCAGCCCUCCGUCGCUGGUCCGCCCCAUCCCUCCACGCCCAGAGAGCCUAUGAGAGAGAGGGUCAGCGCACCGACAUAUGUGCCUUCUGUGGAGGUUUACGACGAGCGGGCUGGGCCCAUCCAGAUCGCCUCACAGGCCCGUGACAAACACGGCGAGAAACACAGGGACAGAGAAAAGGAACGAGACAGAGAGAGAGAGCGUGAACGGGACGGAGACAGGGAGAGAGAGAGCUACAGGAGCCCGAUGGAUCAUCCCCGACUCUCCAAGUCUGGUGACUCAAGCAUUCAAAGGGAGGAAGGUUCUGUCAUUUGUUCAAGUGGUUCUGUUGCUAAACGAGGCCAGGACGCAUCAUACUCCAGUCAAUCAAGGUUCAGCCCAGAAACCAGGGACCUCUCUAAACACUCAGUUCGACUGGGGAUAGAGCGGGCAGGGGCGGAGCCUAAGUGGAACAACAUCAGCCCAUUGGCUAACUAUGCCACGACUCACAUGGCUGCUUUGGCAGCACAACACAGACACACACUGUCCUCUCCCCACAGCCAGCCGACACACACACAAAUGUCCCAUUCCCCCAACACGGCUCACCAGCCCAGCAAUAACCCGCACUCUGCCCACAGCCACUCCCCCCAAACACACCCCUCCCAACAUGGACACGGGCGUGCAUGUGAGGAGGGGAGUCAGAGGGGCUACCUGGACCCAUCGGCACUUUAUCGGCCUGGAGGGGCCGGUGGCGCAGAGCGGGGUAGGGGAGCAGAUCCCACCGAGGUUUCAGCUAUGCAGAGUCUGAUUAAAUACAGUGGAAACUUCACUGCUGAAGGUCCUGGAUCCUCCAGGCACCCUGCGGACGGCAGGGGACCCUUUGGGGGUCUGGGUAACAUCGGGAUGGAAGCUGAAAGGGAGAGGGAAAAGGAAAGAGAAAGGGACAGAGUAUCUGUGGGAUCAGGUGGUUCAGGGGCAUUGAGGGGUCCCCCCCAGCUAAAGAGAGAGCAGGAGCGGCCGGACAGCGCCCGCUCUUUCGGCCGGGAGGGUGAGGGCGAGGUGCGCCACCCUCCGGUUGGAAUCGCUGUAGCUGUGGCUCGGCAGAGAGACAGCGGGAACACCAGCAAACAAACGGGUGGGCCUUCGGACACACAACGGCCCCUACUGCAAACUGCUAUUAAAGAUGAGGAACGAGGCGAGGACCGUGCUCGUCACCACGAUGACCGACUGGUGGGCGGCCGACUGGAACGUGAGCAGGAGAAAGUGCUCAGAGAGUCCAAGGAGCUGGCAGAGUUCACUCAGAUGCACCCGGCCCCUCUGUCCAGCGGCCUGACACCCAGUAUGAUGACACCCAGCCUCAUGACACCCAACCUUAUGGUGACAGGGGGGACUUCCCUGGCAGGGGCUGGGCGAUGGCCUCCAGACCCCUCAGCAUUGACCUCUCACCCCUGGAUGCCCCGGCCCGGAGCCCCCCCAGUCUGGCUCUCCAGCUCACCAUACAGCCUGGGGCCCUCCUCACUCCACCAGACCCUUCCUCCAGGCUACCCAUCCUCUCUGCCAGGCUCCAUACCCCCUCCCUACCAGUUUGCCAGUGACCCACAGUCUGGACAGCUCAUAGUCAUCCCGACUGAACACCUGUCACACUACGGAGGUGAUGUGCUGGAGCGUGGAGCCCCAGUGUGGUCAGGGGUGUACGGUACAAGCAGCUCGCUGCAGCACGCCGCCCAGCUCCAGCUCCUCUCCCAGCAGCAGCUGCUUCGGCAACAGGAGCUGCUCAUGAUCCAGCAGCACACCGCGCAGGUCCUGGAGCUGCAGAGGAACGCACAGCUAGUCGAGCGUUUAAAGGCCAGUGAGCACCAGCCAGAGAUGGAAGACAAAGCAGACAAGCGGAACGCAGACCCCAAACCUCGUCCCUCCUCUUUAUCUUCCCCAUCUCCUUCGCCUGUCCUGCAUCCCCGCAAACCUCCCCCGCCGUCUCGCUCGCCAACCCCCUCUACGUCCUCCCUCACCCCGCUGCCUUCGCUCCCCUCACCAGUGACUACCCUCAAGUCAGAAGAAGGCGGGCAGAGUGCAUUGUCUCAUCCGCCGACGCCUCUGCCUCACCCACCUUCCCCCCGCUCAGCCUCCCCGCCCCCCUCCUCACCGCGGCGGCCUAAACAGGAGGCGACAGAGGAAGGGGAGGUGGGACGGAGGGGGCAAAGAGCGGGACAGAAGUCGGCCUCUGCAGCUUUUCAAGGCAUCUUCCCUGAGCUCCCUCUGGCUUACCCUUACCAGUCCAUAACCGCUCCGUUUGGAUCACCUUUCCCCCCAUAUCGCAUCCCAGCACCUACAGGGUCAAACACAGAAGUUGUCCCACCGCACAGUUCUCGCUCUCCACCCUCAGCUGCCCCUUUGCCCUCAGCCCGCAUCCACUCAAGGCUGCUGGAUGCAGACAUCAAGCCGCAGAAACUAGAGCCGUCAAAGACUGGCUCUUUCCUCAAACAGGAGCAUGGUGUGGAGCAGCCGCAGCCACCUCAGCCACUACCUCUGCACGUCCCCAGUCCUCCACCACAACAAGGUGACAGACUGGAAGAAGUCAGUGAGGAUGAGAAGGAAGGAAGUCAAAUCAAAAUGGAAGUGUCAUCGUACUCCUGUCAGUCAGCAUAUCCUCUGCCUCCUCCGCUCUCAGAAGCUGAGCCUGAACCAGAGCUCAUCCGGGAUCCAGACCAAACACCAUAUUCAUCAGCAGCCAGACACUCCAAUCAGCUCACACACUCCCAGUCAGAAAGAAAGUGUCACCGAGACGCCUGCUUAUCCCCCUCCCACCUCCAACUCUCACUGGUUAUGGGUGCAGACGAUCCCAUGGCGGGGAUGCUCGCCCUGCUGGUAGCCAGCGAGCUGGCCGCCCAGGCCCGCCCCAGCACUCCACCCGCCCCGACGCUCCUACCACAGAUAGACAACCCUCCUGUAGAUGCAGACAGUGGCAGCACAGGGCCUCUGGAGAUGGUGGCUCUGGAGGGGAUGGCCCUCCUCAGCCAGAUGGCCCAGAGGGAGAUGGAGCAAGAUGUGACAUUAGAGGGUCUGGACUGCCUUCUUCAAGCAAGCAGGCAAGUUCUGUUGGAGGCCAUAGAGAAACAGUCCCACAUUGAUCUGCCCAGGAUGCUGGACCCCGACAAGAAGUACAGCUGGAGGCAAAGAAAGGGGCAACCGCUGUACAGUAAAAUGUCUGUAGACCUGUUGGACGCAGUGGAAGUGGAAUACCGCAUCCACUUGGCUGAGCUGCAGAAGACAUAUAAGGAGAAGCAGAGGGAGCUGAGCAAGCUGCAGAGACGCAGAGACAAGCGUGAGCGACAGCAGCAGGAAGAUGAGAGGCGGAGCCUGACCAGACGGGGCAGAGGACGACCCAGGAAGAGAAAACAUCUGGCCACACCUCCAAAACUGGACAGCAGGCCUGGAAAGGUGGGUAGGACAGUGCAGUACUCUGAGGACUCUGAAGCUGGUGAAGGGCAGAGGAAGAAGUUCCGGAUAUCCAGAGACGAAGAGGAAACGGAGGCAGGAAGUGGAGGAGCAAAGGUGAAAAAGAAGAAGAAGAAGAACUGGAACGACCAGGAGCCAUCCACCAGUCAUGCUCUGGAGGUGUUGAAGGCAAAGCGCGGCCACGUGUGUGAGCAGGAACAGCUGGCGUCAGACCUCGACAGAGCUCUUUCACUCUCACAGCUCGGCUCACUCGGAGCAUCUCGCAGACUUACUUGCAACAAGAAAUUAGACAAGUCAAAGGGAAAGACUGCCGAAAGUCGGAUGAAGGAGCACAGCAUCCGUUCCUCCAACAAAGGAGGGAAACACAAGAUGGCCACGAAGGCUUCCACUGCAGAGGCUGUCUGCAAGGUGAAAGGCCAGGAGAAGUUUGCUUUGUUCUCUCCUGUGAGAUCAGAGCUCAGCAGCUGCUCCAACAACUCUGAUUCAGAGGAGCGCAAUUCUGCUCGAGGGGGCUGGCCCCCUCUCUCAGGGACGCGUUCCCACGGCAACCUGACCAGGAAGAGGCGAUCUGCGUCGUCGCCGACAUCACUGCUGUCCAGUCAGAAGUCCCAGAAGAAGAAACACAACCACUUAUCCCUGCUGCUGGAGGAAGCGGGCCUCAGCUCGUCUGAUGACUCCUUCGACCAAGAAACCUCUGAGGAUGAUGACGACAACGAGGAAGAGUCUGAUUCAGAUGACGGCGGCUGUGAAGAGAGCGGACUGGGUCUGCUGGCCAGGUUUGCAGCGAGCGCGCUCCCUGUCAGCCCGGCCCCUUUGAGCCUCCUUCAUGACGGCAAACACCGCAGCAGGCUGAGCACUCUGGGUUCGUCAGAGUGUGAGUGGUCAGACUCUGGCUCGGACUUGAAGCUGAGGAAGUUCCCGUCUCUGCUGCAUGGUAAACGCUCCGCCCCAGAGCUCCCUCUCUUGCCACCGGCAACGCGCCGCGUCGACCAAACCAGCCCCACCAAGCGGGAUGAAGCUCUGCCUGUCAAACGCAAGCCUCUACCCAAACCGCGCAGCUCUCCUCGGUCGCCACGGCAAUUCAGCUUCGACCUCGCCACCGGCUCUGGGUUCGGAGGCUUCAGCGAGGACGAGGGCUGGAACCGCAGACGUAGUGAGAGAAUUUUCCUCCAUGAUGCCAGCACUUCAGCCAAUCAGAUGUCUGUGUCAAAGCCUGCUUCCAUCAGUCAGAGCUCCUCCUCCAGCUCGGCGCCACCUCUCACCCUGAAGCCCGCAUCCAGACCCAAACCCACUCCACCCAGCAGAGAGGGGAAAGAUGUGGUCAAGGUACGACAACAAUUUGUCUGUUAUUCAUCGACUUCAAUGACAAAAACCAAAGAUACUGAAGCUUCUGUUUUACUCUCUUGUCCUCCAAACUUCGAUUAUCUCACAUCCUUUUGUCUUCCUCCACUUUUCUGUGUUGUGACUUUUGGAAACCAGAAAAAGAAGCUGAAGGACUCUCCUCUGCCUGUGAGCCCGUCCACUCUGUGCAGUCCAAUCACAGACAGCCCUGUGGCUCUGAGCCUCAGCCCAGCGCGCAAAAGCCAAACGAAAGCCAAGACCAAGGCCAGAGAGCCGUCCCGGGGCGCGGUGAGCCGGCUCAUGGAGAGCAUGGCGGCAGACGAAGACUUCGAGCCCAACCAGGACAGCAGCUUCAGUGAAGACGAACCGCUCCCACCACGCAACAACAGCAUAUCAGAGAGGUCCUCCACACCUGCUGCCGUGCAGUGUGUGUUGGACAAAGAUUCUCUGGUGGACGGGCUCAGAGUUUUGAUCCCGAUGGACGACCAGCUACUGUACGCAGGACACGUGAACACUGUACACUCCCCUGACAUAUACAGCGUGGUGGUGGAGGGGGAGAGAGGGAACCGACCACACAUCUACUGCCUGGAACAACUGCUGCAGGAAGCUAUCAUCGAUGUGAAGCCUCCGUCCGUGCGCUGUCUCCCAGAGGGCACCCGCAUCGCUGCCUACUGGAGCCAGCAGUACCGCUGCCUGUACCCCGGCACUGUUGUUAACGGAAGCUCAGAUAUCGACGAGAAUGAUGAUCUCAUCACGGUGGAGUUUGACGAUGGCGACACAGGCCGCAUCCCCCUCUCCCACAUCAGACUGCUGCCGCCAGAUUACAAGAUCCACUGCGCCGAGCCGUCCCCUGCGCUGCUCGUGGCCAGCUCCUCCAAGAGGAGAGUCCGCAAAUGCAGUAAAGAGGGCAAAGAGGCGGGAACCAAGCCAGAGGAGACGGCCCCAAGGAUUAAAGGAAAACCUGGUCGCAAACCCAAAUCCAAACCAGAGACGUCCAUGAACCCAGAUGGCCGAGAGAAGGCCGAUCCUCCGCCUUCCUCCACCCAGCCCACAGAGAGACCAGCCAAGCCUGCCCAGGACAGGACCUCCUCUGUGCAGAAGGCAGCUCAGGAGAAGCCCAGGCCAGCAUCACGGCCAACAAUGGGAACCCAAGCAAAACCUGGCCGCAAGAGCUCCACCACGUCACCCGCGGGUAGCCCUACCCUUCCCAACCCUGUGCCCAGGAAGAGUAGCUCCACCCAGCUUGCUGCUGCUAAACCGGCCCAUGCUCCCCCCCUUUCCCUUUACCCCUCCACCUAUGGAAAGGUCCUGACCGUGGAUCUAUACAGCGAGCCCAACCUCAGUUUAUACAGCAGCCAGCGCAGAGAGAGAGAUAGCACCAGCGGCGUCAGCCCCACCACCAACAGGCCCAUGUCUAGACCCAGUAUGGCAGCUACUGUGCCGAAGCCCAGCGCUUCGUCCAUGCCCAGACCCACUUCUGCCUCCACACCCAAAGCCAAACCCUCUUCGGACCAUCACAGCGGCUCCAGGUCCAGCCUCAGCUUUGGACUCGUACCCAGCCCUAUCUCCAGGCUGUCAACAGGCAAAUCCGUCUCUUCUCUGGCUCUCACGCCUUCAUCAUCUCCACUGUCAUCAUCAUCAUCCGGCCCCCGGCCUAAACUGAAGAUGCCAUCUGACCAGCUAUCCUCCAGCUCUAGGCCCAGCUCCAGACCCAAGCCCAGCCAAAGUGAUGUGGGCUCGGUCGUGAGGCACAAGCCUCUGACUGCAGAACCACUCGUGAAGCUCGACCAUGAAGGCGUCACCUCUCCCAAGACCAAGAAGACCAAGGCUCUGAUGUUGCUAGAGGGUCGGGGCAUCCGACGAGAUCACACCUCGAUCACUGCAGCCUCGGCCAAUCAGAAACCGCUAAAGCCUAAAGUGAGAGCUCCUAACAUAGACGAAGGCCCACUGGAGAAAGACUCCACCUAUAAAGCACCUGUGCUGCCUAAGGAUAAGGCCGACAAUCGCGGAAGUGUUGGUAGAGGACAGGAGGUGGACACAAGAGAGGAGAAGCAUAAAAAAGAUGAAAGAAAGGAGGUGGAGAAAAGGGAGGAGAGGAAAAUGAAAGAGGAAUCUCAGAGUAGCAGCAGCUCUGAGUCGGAGGAAGAAGAGGAGAAAGAAAAGAAUAAGAAAAAGAAGAAAUGCACUUCAAGCUGCUCUUCCUCCUGCUCUGGUUCCUCCUCCUCGUCUUCAUCGUCGUCGUCCUCAUCUUCCUCUUCCUCUACUGAUGACUCCUCCUGCAGCUCAGAUGAAGAGAGGACCCCCACUCCCCCACCAGGCCCCGUCUCCUCACCUCUAGUGCAGGACAAACCGAAAGAAGAGACAAAAGAAGAAGAAGAAGAGGUAAAGCAGGAGAUGGAGGUGAAACUGGAGGAGGAAGACCUGCCUCCUCCCUCACAGUCUCCUGCCCCUUCAGCCUCUCCGAAUGCUGCUGCCGUUGCUCCGGCUAAGCCUGUUAAACCAGCCACUGGGAAGGGCUCCGGGCAAAGGGGCCGCCCUCCGAAACCAAAGCCCAGCGGAGGAGAGGGGAAGGUGGGGAGGCCGAAGCGGAGAGAGGGGGUCCACCUCCCCACCACCAAGGAGCUGGCCAAACGUCAGAGGCUUCCCAGUGUGGAGAAUAGGCCCAAGAUUUCUGCUUUUCUCCCAGCGAGACAACUCUGGAAAUGGUUUGGGAAACCCACUCAGAGACGCGGCAUGAAAGGCAAAGCUAAGAAGCUCUUCUAUAAGGCCAUUGUGCGUGGCCGAGAAAUGAUUCGCAUCGGUGACUGUGCUGUGUUCCUGUCGGCCGGUCGGCCCAACCUGCCCUUCAUCGGCCGCAUCCAGAGCAUGUGGGAGUCCUGGGGCAGCAACAUGGUGGUCAGGGUCAACUGGUUCUACCAUCCAGAGGAGACGAACCCUGGCAAGAAACUCACAGACAAGAAGAACUGGGAUCAGAUUUGCGGCCAGUCGUUACCAGCAGCUCUGCACUCGUCUAUCCAGAGGAAAGACUUCAUGGAGCGCGCCCUGUACCAGUCGUCUCACAGCGAUGAGAACGACGUGCAGACGGUCAGCCACAAGUGCCUGGUGGUGAGCGUGGAGGAGUACGAACAGAUGACCCACACGCGCCGCUACGCCGACAGCGAAGACCUCUACUACCUGGCCGGUACUUACGAACCCACCACCGGCAUGAUCUUCAACACUGAUGGCGUUCCAGUAGUCUGCUAAAUACAAAGCCUCUACGAGAAACCAAAUCGUGACCCAACUCACCAAGUUUGGACGCCACUGGGAGUCGAACCCGACCUGUGGGCUUUUCACGACUCAUGACUGACUCGAUGACACCGUAAUAAACUUCAGACAGACCGUCAUGAACAGAUACUACUACUACAGAGAAAGGAGACACUAGAGACAGUAUUAAAAGGAACUUGUCUCCUGAAACAUUUGCACACACAGCCUCCAUUAACACAUGUUGUUCUGCUCGGUGUGAUCAUGAGAAUUUUUCAGAACACAUACGGGCACUUCAGUCUCCUUUUAGAUGUAAAUAUACUCUGCACGAAGACACACAUUUACACUUACACAUGCACAAACACUUGUAAAUACUAAGCUGUGUAACACAGUAAUAUAGAGGAAAAUAUGAGUGUUUUAUUUUCAUGUAAUAGAUUUAUGUCAGAGUACUUUUUUCUAAAGAGGUAAUCAGUUGAGAAGCUUUAAUGAACUGUGAAUGAGGAUAAAGAAGGGAGGCCGGUGUCUGUCCAUCCGCCCUCCCACGCCCCACACGGACAGACACACACGCUGGUGGUGUGACGUUGUGAUUAUGAUGUUGCUGUGGUGAUGUUACGGUCAUGUUACAGUCAUAUAAAUGUAUCUACAGAACAGCAGGAGCGACAGACAGAUGCAGAGAGGGAACGAGAGGUGGAGGCUGUCCAACAGAGAGCACUUAACACUUCAGCUCUGUCCUCCUUUCAUUUAACCCUUUCAAUUCCCUUUGACAAUCCUAACUCAGGCAGGCAAACUGUCUGUGUGCCACUAAAGCUUCUGACUCCCUCAGAGACUCAGGCUAAAAAGAGAGGAAGUAAUCUCGUACUAUUCAAAGCACUUCCCAUUUUCACCUUUGAGUUUCUUAUGCUGAAGGAAAAACCCACCCUGAAACAUUUAAACACUAUGGAACUACAACAGCUGCUGCUGAUGUUUCUUGUUGUUUGCUCACUUUGCACUGAGGCGGAACAACAGUACAAAGAGAAAUGGAUCCUAGAGGGGGCUCCAGUGUCUCCGCAGCCUGUCUGGAGUGUUGCAAAGCAUUCUGGGGAAAACUAUGAACUAAACUGCAACACGUGCUUGAUAAGUGCAGUGAACGAGACAGGUGUAGUAGUCCCAGAGGGUGGAUGUUUCCUCGUCAGGUGUGUUCAGAGUUGGAAACAUUGCAGUCAGUCCAAGAGGCAUCAGGGUCAUGACACUGAUAAGAGUGUGAAGCUGCCAGCACUGAUUAGAUUGACAUAAUCAAACUUUAACACUCAUCUUCCACCGUUUGGCUUCAUAUGUCAGCUGCAGUAUUUUGAAGCCUCUAAAUGUCCCAUGUCACUUGUGUUUUCUUUCUUUUGCUUCUGCUGUUUUAUGGAUCUCACCUGCUUAUGAUCACAUUUCACCCCCAAGCAAUCAUCAUUGACAUGAGUGCACUUUGAAUGAACUCCGCUGCAGAGGAGACCUUGACUGGGAUUCGUGGGCCUUCCUAGAGUAUUUACUACCGCUCUCCUCUGCCUACUGGUGAAACUCCUCCCAGCUUUUUAGAUACAAACACACACGUCCACGUCCCUUUGCGGCGCUUUUAGCUGCUUAUGAAUUUGCUCUAUGUGCCUAGUCGAACCGUUUUUAGCAUGAGACUUUUUGAAUGUUGUGCGCGGACUUGUGAGCAUCUUGAGCGGCCUUAUGAUGAUGAUGAUGAUGAUGAUGAUUCGCCAGAUCUCUCCCAGAUGCUCUUACCAUCAUCCUCAGCUCCUGAAGGUGCUGAGGAGUAAUCACAUGGCUACUUCCGGUCUGCUGACAUCAGAAAACACCUUUCUUCUGUGAUUAUAGUUUCAACAACCCUCCGUUCCUGAGCUUUUAACCCACAUACUGUCGUUAGGCUUUUGUGUGGAGAGUGUGUGUCAGAUAUAUCAGUAUCUAGGCGAUAUGCAGUGCACAGGAUACUGUAUAUAUCUGUGAAUAUUGUUGUUUUUCUUGUUUCUUACCAUGUUUCCCUGUCUCUGUUUUCCUGCAGAGAUUCAAGAUCAUCUUGUUGAUAUUCAAUAGUUUUAAUAUUUUCUACUCUUGAGGUCUUUUGUGUUUGUCUGAUUUUAUUAGAGUCUAUAUUGUAUUUGUGCUCAUGCUGAGAUGGCUGCGCCACAUCUGGCGGGCGGUCCAAUGUGUUAAUUUUGUUGAUGUGACAUUUUCCCUAUGAACUACAAAAGACGUCUGCUAGUGUGUCUGUGCACGUUUGUAUACAAUCCAGACAUGUUAGCCACCUAGGAAAGGAGAGUAAUGUGCUGCUAGUUUGUUAGUAUUGAAACGGUGUUAACCAGGUACAGAGGGACUCUGUGUUUGCUGGAUUUACUCGAUUAGUUGAUGCCAGAAGCGCCCACUUGCUCGUUUGUCAGCUCCUUUCAGGCUGAAACCCGAUGAAGAGUCCUGCCUGAAGUUCACAUGUCUGCAGACAAAAGUGUACAAGUUCUGAGUGACAGUUGGUCAAAUGAACCUCUGGUGUCUCAGCUGUGGGAGUGUAAUGGAGACACAGGUCGUGCCAGUGUUGUGAACAAAGUGCCCCAUUAUGAAUGUUUGUUUACCCCUGGAGCUGCUGAAGCACUUUUUUUCUCUGUGUGUGUUUGGGUGGGUAAAGGAAGUGAACCUGAUGAGACACCCUUAUCCGUUAUUAUUACACACACAUGCACACACAUACUUACACACAUUUGUAACCCUUUGAGGUGUGUGUUAUUGCCUUCCGAUCUCUAUUUGCCCCCUAAGCCCAGCCUUAGGCCUUCAAACAGGGUCCAACACAAACACACCAACUCCCCCCUUCGCCUUCAUUUUCAUUUGGUGUCGUGUUUUAACAGCCUGCGUUUGUAUGUUUGCUUUUUAUUACCAUUUAUGUUUUACUUGUCUGUAAAAUGUUUCAUUUUUGCCGUGUUUAUCUUUUUCAGCUCUUUUUUUUUUUGGCAUGUUUCUUGUCUUUUUCUCCUCCUUUGCUUCCCCUCUCUGAACAAUCGUCCACGCCUCUCAAGCGAUACUGCUGACAGGCACUGGGAGCUAGCUGCUAGAGAGAGAGAGGAAUGGAAGAGAGAGUAUAAGAGAGAAUGGGAGAGAGAGAGAGAGAGAGAGAGAGGUGGACUGGAGGCUGGUUCUUCGUCUGCUGUUCCUUCAAUAUUGUUAUUGUCCUGUUACAGAAAAAAAAUUAUUUUGAAAAUAAAUAGAAAAAUCAUCUAAGUUUUGUAAAUGAUCCUUCACUGACUGAGGGGAGAAAGCUGUCAGAUUAUACUUUGUACACAUCUAAUCUUGUAAAAAUGCAAAAAGAUGACAUUUUAGAGAUGAAAUUCUGUCGCCCUGUACUGUAUGUGUAAGCAGCUUUUUUUUUUUUUUUUUUUUUUACAGACAGCAACCACGUUUAUCAGUGUUUCUUUUCAUUUGUUUUAGUAACUCAAUAUUUUAUAGGUAAUCAAUAAACAGAUGGAACUGUACACUCAGUGUUCUCUGCA